AUGUAUGUACAGUAUCUAGUACAAUGUAAUACUGGAUACUACAGUACAUCAAGUUCUACAUGUCAACCUUGUAAUACCUGCCUUAAUGAUAAAUGUAAUCCUGGUACUGGUUAUUGUACUGAUGGAUGUAAAGACGGUUAUUAUGGUAGUAAAUGUGAAGACCGAUGUAGUGAUGGGUGUUUCAACAAUCAGUGUGAUCAGAUAGGCGGUACCUGUACAUGUAAGAACGAUUAUUACGGUGAUACAUGUCAACAGCCCUGUAGUCCUAACUGUAUAAACAGUAAAUGUUCCACUACAUUUUCAUCACUAGAAUGUACAGAUGGUUGUAUUGAUGGUUAUCAAGAUUCUUAUUGUCAAUCACCAUGUCCUGUUAACUGUAAAACAUGUCAACAAUAUGGUUCAUCAUGUAUUGCAUGUAAUCUAGGAUGGUUUGGUAAAAACUGUUUUUCAUCAUGUUCUAGUAACUGUGUCGGAGGAUGUGAUAAGAUAGAUGGUAUAUGUAAUAACUGUAAACCUGAUACAGUUGGUCAAUACUGUAACCUACCAUGUGGUCCAGGGUGUCAACCAAGAACACACCAUACCAGUAUCACCUGUGAUAGAACUGGUAGAUGUACUGACUGUCUUAUAGGAAUAUAUGGUAAAGGAUGUAAUAUAAGCUGUAGUACAGGAUGUAAUGGGGGAUGUGGAAGAUAUGAUGGUAAAUGUACUAACUGUAUUAUAGGAAGGUAUGACGAUAGAUGUGAUAAGAACUGUAGUACAUUAUGUGAUGGUGGAUGUAGCAGACAUAUUGGUAAAUGUAGGAACUGUAUUAUAGGCAGAUAUGGUACAGAAUGUUAUCAGAGUUGUAGUACUGACUGUGAUGGUGGAUGUGAUAAGACUACUGGUAGAUGUACUAACUGUCUUAUAGGAAGAUAUGGUGAUAGUUGUGAUAUGAACUGUAAUACAGGAUGUGAUGGUGGAUGUGAUAGAAAUGAUGGUAAAUGUACGUCUUGUAUUAAAGGUAAAACUGGAAACAGGUGUGAUAUCAACUGUAAUACUGAUUGUACUGUUUGUAACCAGGAUAAUGUCAACUCUUGUACUGAAUGUAGAGAUGGAAGAUGGGGACCAUCAUGUAAUAACCGAUGCAAUACUAAUUGUAAAUCAGUAGUUGGUACAACUGUUGGUAAAUGUAAUAUAACAAAUGGAGUAUGUACUGAUGGAUGUAAAACAGGAUUAUAUGGUAUAGAUUGUAAUAAGGAUUGUCGUUCUAACUGUAAAGAUGGUUUAUGUGAUCAGAUGACAGGAAAUUGUAUCCUUGGAUGUUUACCUGGUAAAAUUGGAUCGAACUGUACAACAGAUUGUGAAGCAUGUCGCUAUGGUGACAACUGUUCCAGACAAUGAGGCGACUGUGGACAUUGUGAAUAUUGAAUAUUUG